AUGGUUGAGCGGAAACUAAAAUAUUGGACCAACUUGUUGGAACAGGCAGCUCAUAUGAAAUGGAAUUCAAAGCUAACAAGCUCCCGCUCCACAGCUCUAGGCCUCGGGCUCUCUGGCCCCGUGGACCCAGGCAACUUCUUGGCCCAGGUGGGAGGCGGGCGGACACGCCCAGCGCAUGCGCACGCGGAGACAGGCGGGGUGGGGCGGUGGGAGAGAGGCCGGCAGGCGCAUGCGCCAACCCCGGGCCACGUGCAUGGGCGCGCGGACUCGAGCCGCCCCGUCGGGGCGGCUCGGGCUCGUCCCCGCUCACUCUCCCUUGCCUGGCUUGCCCAGGUGAUCAUCCUCAACCACCCGGGCCAGAUCCAGGCCGGCUACGCCCCGGUGCUGGACUGCCACACCGCCCACAUCGCCUGCAAGUUCGCCGAGCUCAAGGAGAAGAUCGACCGCCGCUCGGGCAAGAAGCUGGAGGACAACCCCAAGGCGCUCAAGUCCGGGGACGCCGCCCUGGUGCACAUGGGCCCCGGCAAGGCCACGUGGAGACCUUCUCCGAGUUCCCCCCUCGAGAGAAAAACUUCUCCCUCCAUUGAGACCAUAGUGGGACUCUUCAGCCCAGGUCCUGCAAACCCAGACACAUCUAUGAAGUUCUUCCACAGAAACCAGUACCUUUCAUCGAUCCUCUGUGAUACUCUUCCAGGGACCAAUAGCCACGCCUCCAUUCGGUAACGGUGACACUUAAAACAAAAAUCAUCAGUUUUGCCAUAGUUGUAGUAUGGCAAAGCUGGACGGAUUUCCCAAUGCCUUAAUACAUUUCAUGAAUUUUACUGCUUAUUGCAAAUUCCAUUCUUUCUGCAGCCAGGUCAUGUAGGUGGCUGAAGAAACCACUGUGUGCCUGAACAUGUGCAGCACCUCAUGAUUUCUUUUCAUUUUGGACAUUUGUUUUC